AUGGGGUGUUUCAAUGGGAGACCGGAAAUGGACAUCGAACUAACGAACACAGAUUCUAACGCAGUGAGUUGCAUGUACACUAGAAUCAAGCCCAGAAUAUUGGCUCAGAUUUUCCAGCAGUCACAAGUAUCGCUCGGUCUAGUCGAGGAGAAGAUUCGCCGCUGUCUGUUGUCAGCUGUUACUAAUAUCAAUCUUUCUGAAGCGCUGCCUCCAAAUCCAGACGACUGGCGAAUGGAUGAGACCCAGCUGAUUGAUAAUUUCCAUGAUAGAAGCUAUCACGAUCAGGUGGUUAAUUAG